GUCUAAUUGACCGGCUUACAAAAUAGCAGUGGUUGAGUAGUGAUAAGUCAUAUUGUGUUAAUACUAUUUACUUACGAUUUUCGUGUUCGAUAUUAACAUUUCAACAGUCUCUAGACAGAGAGCACUAUGGUCAAUUUUAGGGUGCUAGCGAGAGCGAUGUCGUCUGUGGCGAAAGCGUUCGAAGGGCAUGGCGUGGUGCCUGAUGUCGUUCCCAAAGCACCUACGUGUGACAUCAAGGUGAAAUAUCCAAGCGGCGUUGAAGUAAAUUUGGGCAAUGAACUCACUCCCACGCAAGUGAAGGAUGUGCCAUCCGUGACGUGGAAUGCGAAACCUGACAGCUACUACGUGCUCGCCAUGACGGACCCAGACGCGCCGUCCCGAAAAGAGCCCAAGUUCCGCGAAUGGCACCACUGGCUGGUCGGCAAUAUUCCCGGAAACAACGUGGCCGCAGGCGAGACGCUCUCCCAGUACGUUGGUUCUGGACCCCCGCCUGAGACUGGCCUUCACCGUUACGUGUUCCUCGUAUACGAACAGCCUGGAAAGCUGACGUUUGACGAGCCUCGUCUUACUAACAGAUCUGCCGAUAAUCGUGGUGGAUUCUCCAUUGCUAAAUUCGCUGCGAAAUACAAACUCGGCGAUCCCAUCGAAGGGAACUUCUACCAAGCCGAAUACGAUGACUAUGUACCCAUUCUGUAUAAACAACUGGGAGGCUAAACGUCAAAAACACAUCCUGUAUAGUUUGUUAAUAUUUAAUUCCUGUGAAAUAUAUCUAUUGUAUCUGCUUUUAAAAAGUAGUAUGAUUUUACAUCAUGCUAUACAGGUGAUGUUAAAUAUGAGCUUGGAUUUUCAAGACUGAAAUGAACAAAGUUGUUAAAGUGAAAUGAACAUUACUUGAAUAUAAUCAAGAUACAUCAAAUCCGAACUCAUUGGAAGCGAUUUAAUUGCAUAUAAUGUAUAUUUAGCUCGUAAGAUUACCUUCCAUAAUAAAAUAUACAUUUCAUCUCG